CUCUCUCAGACACGCACACACACACGCACAUACACACACACAUACACAGGGUGGAACAGGAACAGAGAAAAGCAAGAUUUGAAAAAAAAGGUGAAAAAAACAGGAGGUAAAUUAGAAGAGAAAGAGAAGGACACAUUGUGGAUCUAAUAGUCCUGCAGAUUUGCUCCUGAUAAACGUUUAACAUGGCAGCUAAAAGAGUGACGUACCGGUGCCAGGAGGAGGAGAAGGGGCAGAUGUCUCACAGCAUGGAGCUGUCCUCACAGAUCAAGAAAAAGAAAUUUAAAUCCAGUGAUGAAGAGGCCUCCCUGUCUGAGUUCUAUCCCAUCAUCCCCGGCAACAUCAUGUCUGUCAAAGAGAUUCUGACGGAGCCAAAGUUCCCACGCCACAGGACAUGGGAGGUCCUGAGGGAAACCAUGGAUAACGAUGAGCUCCGGGAGAGGGACCAAUGGACCAUGUUUGGUAAUGAGGCAGAAAAGGUAGAGAUCGAGGUGAUCAGGAACCAGCACAUGGUCCGUCAACGUAUGGACCGCAUGGCGCUGCGUAAAGAGGCAGAAAGGAAGAUUUCAACACACCUGAAGUUUCUGGACGAUUUGAGCAUGAAGACUCCAGAUUUUUCCAUCCCUCUUCGUCCCCACACCGUCUGGGAGGGAAUGGCUGUCAAGCUUUCCUGCACUGUCGAGGGUUGUCCAUCACCACACGUCACCUGGUAUAAAGAUGGAGUUCCUCUGACAGCGUCCUCACAACCCUGGAACUACAAACUGCUACAGAAGUAUGGCCUGAACAUGCUGGAGAUUAGAAGGUGUAGUGUUGCUGAUGCUGGAGAAUACAAAGUGGUGGCCAAAAGCUCUUUAGGGGAGGCAACAACCUAUGCCACCCUUGUAGUGAACUCGAAGCGAGGACUUGAGGCGGGAAUGAAACACACCCAGGCUGUGGUCCCUGUAAUGGAGGAGGAGGCUUUGUUCGACACCACCUUCCCUCCAUCUUAUAUAAAAGAAGGAGACACGCUGACUCUGAGCUGCCGUUUCACUUUUCCUCUCCUCCCCUUCCAGCAAGACGUGGCCUGGUUCAGAGACGGAGUGCCUCUCCGUGCAUCUGGUCGUCUGGACAUACACACGACCCUGCGCUCCUCCACCCUCAGCCUGAAGGGCAUGCACAAAGAGCACGAGGGUCUGUACACCGUCCGCCUGCGCACCCGAGAUGGCAUCACCGAACACAGCGCCUACGUUUAUGUCAAAGAUGGUCCUGCAGCAGUGCCCGGAGCUCCAGGUUCUCCACUUCACCUCAAGUGCUCUGAUGUGAACAGGGAUUACGUGUUUCUCUCGUGGGAGCCUCCCAGCGCAGACGGAGCGGGUCCAGUGCAGGGCUACUACAUCGAGAGGUGUGAGGUUGGCACGGGGAAGUGGCUAUUCUGUAACGAGCUUGUUCAGAAGCUGUGUCAUUACCCAGUUAUGGGUUUAAAGGAAAACACCAUGUACCAGUUCAGAGUGUGUGCAGUGAACCAGGCUGGCGUGGGACGCCCGUCUAAACUCUCCAAACCCAUCAUCACCUCUGACCCCAUGGAGCCCAGCAGGACUAUGGUGGUCAAGGUGGAUAGAGGCAGAGAGAUCGUGAUCACUAAGGACCAGCUGGAAAGUCAGAUCCGAGUCCCUUUUUCCCCAACUGAUGUGCGAGUGUGUGAGUUAAGUGACACUUACGUCGUGAUGUGCUGGACUGAGCCGGAUCCACGGGGCAAAGAGCCACUCACCUACUUUGUGGAGCGGUCCAUAGCUGGCCAGGAGAGCUGGCACCUGGCCAGCCUGGACAUGACGAUCAACGCUACGAGGUUUGCAGCGUACGACUUGCAGAAAGGGGUGGCCUACUGCUUCCGUGUGCGCUCUGUGAACAAAUAUGGCAUUAGUGAUCCAUCAGAGCCCAGCCAACCCGUGUCGCUAGGAGAAGCUCUCGAUGUCCCUGCUGCACCCCACUGUGUUCAGGCCAUUAGGGAUACAGACAGGUCAAUCCUUCUAAUGUGGAAAGAGCCAAAGAGCACAGAGGGAAUUCUGGGAUAUUACCUGUACUGCAAUGAGCUGGGGAGCUCGGAGUGGAGAACCAUUAACAACAAACCAGUCACAAGCACCAGGUUCUUGGUGCAUGGCCUCAGGACCAAUAAGAAGUACGUGUUCAGAGUGAAAUCAGUGGGCCGAGCGGGAAACAGCCGCUACUCAGACGAGUCUGAGCCAAUCCUGGUCCAGGCAGCUAAAUUCGCUCCAUCUGCCCCAUCUGCCAUUUCACUUCUUCACUGUACGGGCACUGAAAUGGUGAUUGGCUGGCGAGCUCCUGUCAAUAAUGGUGGAGAUCCGGUGCAUGGCUACUACCUGGAUCAGCGGGAAAAAUCCCAGAGCACGUGGAGCGAGGUCAACGUUAAACCUGUCAAAGAGAGAGUGUACACAGUUCCUGGUCUUCUAGAAGGGUGUUAUUACCAGUUCCGUGUCAUCGCAGCCAACAUGGUCGGAGUCGGCAAACCCUCUGGACCUAGUGAGGCUUUUCUGUGUGAAAAGUGGACGAUGCCUGAACCCGGCUGCCCAUAUGACCUGGAGUUGAGAGAGGUGCGGCAGGAAUCUCUGGUUCUGCUGUGGGCGGAGCCUCUGUACCAAGGUCAGUCACAAAUCACUGGUUAUGUUGUGGAGAUCAGUGAGGGGGAGGACUCAGAGGACUGGACCGCAGUGACCCAGGAACCAAUCACAGACACGUACCUAAAGGUUUCUGGGCUGAAGGCAGGUCAGACAUAUCGUCUCCGUGUGUGUGCCAUCAACAAUGCUGGAGUGGGAAGACCUUCCUUCCCCACAGACGCCAUCAAAGCCCAGGCUGACCCAGCAACCAGAGACAUCGAGAUUGGGGUUGAUAAUGAUGGCUUCAUCUGCUUGAGCUUUGAAGCACCUGAGACACUUGACCAAAUCCAGUUUGAGUGGAAGAAGAACUACAAAAAGGCCAUUGAUGCAGGACGAGCCCACUUGGAGACCAAGCAAAAUAAAUCUGUUCUCACCUUCAGUGCAGCUGCGGAGGAGGAUCUUGGUCUUUACACUGCUGAAGUGAUUGGCAGGCCUGACAUCUCCUCUAGCUUUAAUUUCACUGCUGAAGAUCUGGAGAGACUCAUGCAGUUGAGCUGGCACAUUAGGAACCCUCUUAUAGCGCUGCGCUCUGAGGGCUGGCAGGUGGAUGUGUCGGAGCAGGGGAAUGUGAGACUGUGGCUGCAGACGGAGCCCCUGUCCAACGCCGCAGAGCUGCACAUGAUCCUCAACGACCGAGAGAUCUCCUCCACACCGGCGCGUAAGAUCAACUUUGACAAGGCAAACGGUCUGGUGGAGAUUCUGUUCGAUCAGCUGUCGAAGGAGGACGAGGGCUCGUACACGGCACAGCUGAAGGACGGCAGAGCCAAGAACCAGUUCACCCUCGUCCUGGUGGAUGAAAAGUUCAGGCAAACCCUGGCCAAGUCACAGGCCAAGCGUCGGGACUGGAAGAGACGCUCAGGACCCUACUUUGAGGAGUUUUUGUCAUGGACUGUGACAGAGGACUGUGAGCUGAUUAUGAAAUGCAAGGUGACGAACAUGAACAAGGACACGAAGAUGAAGUGGUUUAAGGAUGGUGGAGAGAUCACUCAGUUUGUGUAUGAGCCGUCUGGAGUGAGCACAUUUACCGUUCCGCAGGUGACUAAGAAGGAAGCCGGCGUGUACAGGGCCGUGGUGGCUGAUGGUAGAGGAGAGGAUGAGAGCAUUCUAGAGUUAGUGGACAAUGAGUUCGAGCGGUUGAUGCAGUGCCUAAGCAGAAAUUGUGCUCUCUCUGCUGGUCCCAUGAGGAUUCAGUGCACAGCGGCUGGCUUUAAGCUCUACUGUUCUCUGAAGUACUAUCUGAGCUACAUGAAGACCAGCUGGCACUUCAAAGAGAGGAGGAUCGAUCAGGAUGAGAGGACCAAGCCUGGCAACAGCAUGCAGAAGCUCUGGAUCGAGAUCUUCAACCCCACUGAAAACGACAAAGGAAAAUACACCCUGGAGAUGUUUGAUGGGCAGGAAACACACAAACGCUCUCUGGAUUUGUCUGGACAAGCUUUUGCAGAUGCUCUGCUGGAAUACCAGAGGCUGAAGCAGGUGGCAAUUGCAGAGAAAAAUCGUGCCAGAGUCACAAAGGGAUUACCGGAUGUGGUGGCCAUCAUGGAAGACAAGUCUCUGUGUCUGACCUGUUUCGCUGAGGGUGACCCCAUGCCGGAGAUGUUCUGGCUGAAGAACGACAGGGAGAUUGUCUCUGUAGAGCGCUUUAGUGUGGCCAGAGACAACAACUGCACAACCCUCACCAUCUACUCAGUCUGUAUGGAGGAUUCAGGCAACUACAGCGUGUUUGUACGCAACAAGUACGGCUCGCAGACGGUAAACGUGACCGUGAGUGUGUAUAAACAUGGUGAGAAGCCACGGGCCGAUGCAGUGGAGAUGUAGAGAGGCAGAGAGGCCUGAGUGAAUAAGAGGAUGCCAUGAUGUAGAAGUAUUAGCAAACAUUUACAGUUCAAUCAGGAAUCAUUUCAAGUCCAAAUUUGGGGUGGAAUGGUAAUUUUAAGCUUCCAGUAUGAUAAUAAAAUAUAACUUUGGUUUUUUUGAAAAAGGACAGGAUCAAAUGCCAUGUAAAACUGCAAUUAUUUGGUUAAGGAAACUAACUAUAAUCACUUUAAAUUGGAUUAUUCCUAGAUACUCAAAUCUGAUUAGCAGCUCUUUCAGUAGUUCUGGCUGCAAGGCAAAUCACAGGUUUAUUUUAAUACGCUCAUUCUAAUAUCUUAUCGUUUAUAUAGAAACUCAAAAGGCAUACGUUUGACAUAAACAGAAUUAAAAACUUGUGUAAUUGUUGAUAUGGUGACGUUUCUGUGACAACAUGUUUAUUUAACAUUUUUGGAAGGAGUCUCCAGUGUUAGCACUUUGUAACAGUCAGAGAUAAAGCUGUAACUGUUUUCCUUCCUCCAUGAGAACGUCUUCAGGAGUGAGGAGUUUAUGCUUUACAGUUUCUCAUACAGUUUGUCUUAUUAAAUUCUGGUGAGGGAAUGACUGUUUAGAGCCAUUAUAACGUAACAGAACUAACUUAUUCCGCAGACGUUCCACAACUUUAAAAAAUGAUGACGUUCUUUAAUUAAUAAAAAAAUUUUAAUUGGCAAAUUGCUGUGGUAUAAGAGGAAUAAAACACUGAGAGGUGCUAUUAUUGGAAAAUAGUCAACUUUAGGGUGAUAACAGUAACACCACUUUGUAUUGAGCCUCAUGACAGCACCCUGUCACUGAUUAUUUUCCUACAACAGCAUGUCCCAAAGUGUUUUAUUCCUCACAUAUUUUACAGUUAGCCAUAUAACUAUUUGAGCAUUUCUCAUCAGAGUGUAGCAAAAUAUCAUCCACACAUUCACGUUUGCCAAAUUAGUACCAUUACACCUUUAAAUAUUUCUAAAUUCCCGUUAGUAUAGCUGUUUUAAAGCUCCCACGACUUUUCUAAUGUACAAAAUCACCUAUUAUUACUAAACAAGUACAAGCAAAAUGUCUCUCACAUGAAAACCAUGAGGUGUUGGAAUAAAAAUUAGGUAACACCUGGCCUUUAGGUAAUAUUUAGGUAAUAUCUGGCCUUUGGGGAUAAUUUAUUCACUGAAAUUAUUUAUGCAAAUUUAUCUUGGAUUUUUUUUCUAGAACCUAUGAUUAAUAUUCAAUGUGUGGAACAUUGUACAAUAGCACAAAGCAUUUAUUUUAAGUCUGGGUUAACCCUGUGUUAGUUUACUGACACUGUUGGUUUAGUAUUAACCUACUGCAAUUUUCAGUCCUGAGGGUACUUUACUAUAAUGCAAAGUUUAAAGUUGAUGGCUUUUGAAUGUGUUUGAGGAGUUUGCUUUGUGUUUCUGUCACGUAUAAAUUAAAAUCUGAAUUAAAUUA